CGCGGUGGAUGCCGGGGAGCCGGGAAAAUGGUGGUCACCAGGUCUGCACGUUCUCGGGCCAGGAUCCGAGAUACAUCGCCYGAAAGUUCCCAGCAGAAGAGUUGUGCUGAAGGGAUUCCAGAAAACAGGAAGGAAUGUGGAUCUGAUGGCCAAAGUAUUAUUGAAUCACUGCAAACUGCUGGGGAAAAAAGUUCAGUCCCUAGAACUUCUAAAAGCAAAAAGAGGAAGAGUGGAGCUGCAGACUCACAAGCAAAGAUAACUAAACCAUCUACUGAUGGAGARAACUCUGAAGAAGAGUCAAAUUAUUCAUCUGUGUCUGAGGUCCAGGAGCCUAUUCUAAGAAUAACUAGGAGAAGGCAGAUCAUAAUUCCACUCACCCCAGUGACUCCUAUUAGGAAAAGGCAGACAAUAACUCCAUUAAAUGAGCCUCUUACUGAAGAGGUUGUCUCUGAAGCAGAAUCUCAUGCUUCAGGUGUUUCUAGAGUUGUUACUUCCACAGAAGUAACAAGAAGAAUCAGAAGUAAGGCUAAAUCUGAAGUAAGAGAUCUAAGCCAACAAUCAAAUGCAGAAACUAAAGCUGAUACUGAGUCGUGUUCCUACAGUUCAAUCUCUGAAAUUACACCUAAGAGAAAAACCAGAAAUGUGUAUAGGAAAUUAAAGCUAGAAACUGAGAAGAAAGAUACAAAGAUUGUACCAGGAAAUGAAAACCAAAUCAUAGAUACACCUGUGAAUUCAAAGGAUGCAGAUACCAUUCAGGAUUCUCAGUUACCAGCAGGAUUUCCUUCUCAAACAAAUAAACCAAAUUUCUGUAAUAAUGAAAUUUAUAAUGACUUUAAUGAUGAUCCAUUCCACAGAAAUUCAGACAAAGUACUAACAGUGCAAAAACAUCAACAUCUUAAUGUAAGUGAGGAAAAACAGACCAAUGUUGCAUCUCUUAGAGAAACAAUAUCUCUUAAAGAGGACAAUGAAAUAAUAGAUGAGGGAAAAGAAAUUAAUGGGAAAGGUUCUCAGCUGAGUUCUUCUGAACUUCACGACAGGAGUCUUCAACCAUUAGUGUCCCAGAAACUUUCAACUCCCCAAAAGAAAACCACAUCAGAACAAUCAGAUCUGAACUGUGAGACUAUAAUGAAAUCAUUAGCAAAAACAUUUGCAGUUGUGGAAGUGAACAGAUGGAGUGAAGAGAUAAACAGUACCAUAAAAACAAGUGACAUAACAAAGUUCAGUUAUGAUAAUGAAGAGUCUGCUAGAGUAGAUGUCAGUGAAGACAACAGCAAAAUGAGUGAAAACCUAGAAUGUGAUACCAAACUCUGCAAGUCUGAACUCAACACUUCUCAGGAGGUGAGUGAUUCUGUUUUUUUAGUUCUUAGCAGUGAUGAAAGCCAGCAAUCUGAAAACUAUGAAAGUGAAGAGGACACUCUGUGUUUUGUUGAAAAUAGUGGCCAAAAUGAGUCAUUAAGUGAAGACUCUGGAAAUACAUCAUGCAAAAAUGCACUGUUUGUAAUUGAUACAACUCCUGGAUUGAGUGCCGAGAAAAAUUUUUAUUUGGAAGAGGAAGACAAAGCAAGUGAAGUUGCCAUUGAAGAAGAAAAAGAGGAGGAGGAGGAAGAUGAUGAAAACAGUGAAGAACUAUCAGAUAAUGACAGAAAUGAAGAUGAUGAGUGUAGUGAUGAAGACGACUUACUGAAUAACACAAAAUCUAAACUUCUGAAAUUGACAAGUAGCAGCAUAGAUCCUGGUCUGAGUAUCAAGCAGUUGGGUGGUGUGUAUAUUAAUAUCAACGCAGACAAACUACAGUCUAACAAGAGAACCCUAACACAGAUCAAGGAGAAGAAGAAAAAUGAGCUUCUGCAGAAAGCCAUCAUUACACCUGAUUUUGAAAAAAACUAUGGUGUCCCACCAUAUAGUGAAUCAAAACGUCAACUUCAGAAAAAACGCAGGAAAGAGCGACAAAAAACAGCAGGUGAUGGCUGGUUUGGUAUGAAAGCUCCAGAAUUGACAGAUGAACUGAAAAAUGAUCUCAGAGCACUGAAGAUGAGAGCAAGCAUGGACCCAAAAAGAUUCUACAAGAAAARUGAUAGAGAUGGCUUCCCUAAGUAUUUCCAGGUUGGAACCAUUGUUGACAAUCCAGCUGAUUUCUACCAUUCACGAAUUCCCAAGAAGCAAAGGAAAAGAACUAUUGUGGAAGAACUGCUGGCUGAUUCUGAAUUCAGAAGAUAUAACCGAAGGAAGUACUCAGAGAUCAUGGCUGAAAAAGCAGCAAAUGCAGCAGGAAAAAAGUUCCGUAAGAAGAAGAAAUUCCGCAAUUAAGACUCACCAACCGUACCACAAUCUUUUAUGUCACCUCUUUAUUUGUUAAAUGUGUUUUAAAAACUAACACCAUCAUGUAACCAUCAUAUUUAUAUAGACUGGCUCUAUUUAGGGAUUUUUGUUUGGAAAUAAAGUUGGUUAACAGAGAA